UAUGAUAAUAAUAUAAUUAAAUAAUGAGCAUCGAUCAACUAUAAAUAGGAUAAGUUUGUCAAUUGCGAAAAUUGUAAUUGAUAAUCUUUUAGCAAACAAUGAUGCGUUUUAUUAUUGUUGGCUUUUUAGUUUUUCAUGGAGCUAUUGCUCAUCAUGAAAUGGGCUCAAGUGAAUGCCGAGAUGAAGAAAAAAAAAUAGAAAUUCCAACAGAAAACGCGAAAAAAGAUUUCGCGCGAAUUAAUGCUGCAAACGGUAUUGAAAAUGCAACUGAGCUUGUCUUUAUGUCUAAGAGCAACGGGAAAAUAGAAUACUUUCCUUGUCCAGGAGUUAUGUUAUCAAAAACCCACGUUUUGAUAUCCAGCCACUGUGAUACUGAAGCUAACGCGAAAGUUGCUGUUGGUUACAAGGCAGAUUUGGUUAAAAAAACGGAAGAAUUUAUCAACAGGACUGUCAGUGAGAUCAUUACUAUGGAAAACGCGCACAUGGUCAUUCUUAAGUUAGCUGAAGCACUCCCGGAAGAUCACAACAGAAAAAUAAUGCAACUUCCGAUAAAAAGCUGCGGAAUGGGAGACGUUUACAAGAUCAAAGGCUGGAGUUUUACUCCAGAUAGAGUUAAGGAAGACGAUAUUUUCUACGACACCUUUUUAAUGCACGAAGAAGAUGUCUCGAUUAUUGAUAAGAAGGAUUGUCCGUUCGCGGCCGAUAAUGAUUGUUGCAUUCAAAUGAAACAAACAGAAAAGGAAUUCAAGAUGAUGGUCGGCUCACCGGUAAUUCACGAGGACCAUAUCAUCGGGUUUGCUCACUUUGACUGCAAUACCCAAGGAGCAAUGUCACUUGUGUUCCCCUGGGUCGAAGAAAUUAAAAAAAUAAUAUCUUGAAAUAAUAAAAGCUGAUUUAUUGUUCUGAAUAGUAAAGGUUUAUUUGAUCUGA